GGAGAAGAAGACGAGGUGGUGGGGAAAAAGCCGGAAGUGAACUGUUGCGUCCGUAGAGUAACUCUUCUAAUAACUUUCAUGAAUCAAAAUUUGUUGAUGUUGUCAAGAGUGAGUGGAAGACGUUUUUACAUUUUUUUGCAAUACUUUUGACCUGCUUUUGCGGGCAAAGAACCAGCCCGGGGGCAGAAAUGGUCUCCACUAUCGCGAACAUUGACGUGAAACAGAAAGAUUCAAGCGAACCGCUGGUGGUCGCCAUCUCGUGCUCAGCCGUGUUGGAGGACGCUGCCGAGGGUGACAGAGAUGACCACAGUUUGGGUGUGGCCUUUCCACUGCUGAUGGCCCUGCAGAGCGUGAAUCGGCAUCUGCUGGCAGCGAAUUCUGCAGAAUCGUUGCUUUUUGACGUGCUUCUCAUAACAACAGACGAAUGUCAGCAGCAACAGAGCGCACGCAUUGUUAGCAGCACCAAACAUCAUGGUCUAGAAGUAAGCAGCUUCUGCUUUUCGGGCAGGGAGGACUUCGUGGAGAGCUUGCUUGAAAAUCAAGUGCAACUCUUCCUGACCACGGAACCACGGGAAGCGUCGCAGGCAUCGCAAAGAGGCAUUCUGUCGGCGCUGUUGGGCCGUCAAAGUUGGUCAAGCUCCUCGGAGCAGCUUCGAGUAUUGUUUUGCGACAAUGACAUCAUCACAACAACACCCGCCAACCCAAUCCCAGCCGCCCAGCGUUUCUGGUCCCAACUGGGUUCAAUGCGAGAACGUUUUGGUGUCCUGGACAGUCCCGUCAGCAUUUUGGUGAUGACAGCACACGGCGGACGCCAAAGGUUGGGCGACGCCUUGGCGACGCUUCGCUCCCGCGGCCUGAAUGCCGACGAGGCCCAUUGCCUGGCUGGGGCGCCUCGGGGGCCCAUCCUGGACUUGCUCAGGCCUCAUUUCCUGCUUAGUGACGGUGGCCUGGAGUGAUGAUGACACGUGGUCGUCAACGUUGCUCAGAAUCUGCUCUGCUCUGCUCUUUCACCAUUUCUAUUAAAGGGCUGAUGGCUGCUUGCAUUUGUUCUUAUCAAUUAACUGUACCUGGUUUGAGGCCAAUAUUAUGUUAAUAGUCUUAAUUUAAGAGUGUUUUGCCUAUGCCAUUGUCGCUGUGAUGUAAUAAAAUGCAAAGAAUUUUAUUACUUUG